AUGGAUUUGGAAUGGGUUCAGGAGUUUACUUCAGAAGGUUAUAUUGAUGGGAAGAAUGAUAGGAGGCUUGAUGAUUGUUUGAGGUAUUACAUUGUCGCUGGUAAGAAUUCGCUGGAACAUGCGGAUCUUGGAGGGGAUAAAAUAUAUAAGAUAGAUAAGGAGCGUGCUGGUGUGCUUGUUGGAACAGGGAUGGGCGGUCUUGCAGUUUUUGCAGAUGGUGUUCAUGUUCUAAAAGAAAAAGGACACAGGAAACUUUCUCCAUUUUUCGUUCCUUGUGCUAUUACAAAUACGGGCUCUGCCUCGCUUGCUAUGGAAAUUGGUUUCAUGGGUCCAAAUUAUUCAAUUUCAACAGCUUGUGCUACCUCCAAUUAUUGUUUCUAUGCUGCUGCCAAUCACAUUCGCCGUGGUGAGGCUGAUUUGAUGAUUGCUGGUGGGUGUGAAGCUCCCGUCAUUCCCAUUGUAAUGACAUAUAAUAAAAAUCAGUGA